AAAGUUAAGCGGAGUUCUGUCCAGAAGACGUUGAACUGCUCAAACCUGUUGUAGUAUUUUCCAUUUCGCCCAGACACGAUGCAUUUCUCUUCACUUUCGAACGGUAAAGAAUCCUCUUUAAGCUCAAAAGAUGCUUCUGCCCCAGUUACUCUCGAUGUCUCUAUCACUACAGCUGUGAUUCUAGCCACUCUUUCCUCCUUUCUGUUCUUCUUGGCUUGCAUUAUAGUUUUCAUAUAUUUCAAAUGGCGUCUAUGUCGACACGUUGUGGAAACUCGUAUCGGACUUGUGGUCUUUUUCCUCGGAGCGUUACUCACCCUCAUUACAACCCUCAGCUCCUAUGAAGAACAAGAAAUUUAUGCAGUGUAUCGCUUGACUCUCUUGGCCUCUUGCGGAAUUGGAGUGUUGAUGAUAGGUUGUGCAAUGCUUUUCGAGAAUCCUUCCCCUGACAGGCCGCUGGAUGACUACGGCUACGAAAGACUCUCUGUUGGUUAUAUGCAUGGUAGCUUGGGAAUGAUCAUCUGGGUCAUAACGAUACCCCUCAGCAUACUAGAGCUCUUCUUCGCCAUUGGAGCUGCUCGGAAAGCACCCAACACAAUGUAUGCUGCUGUGAGGUACACAGCUCUGGCGCAAAAGAUUGUCCAAGCAAGCGUGUACUACUUUAGUCUGCGACACAAGGUUGCAAGAGGAGAUAUGCGUAUGGCGUGUUCGUGGCUUUUCAAGAUAAUCUCCGUCUUCAAUUUUGCUUUUUUUAUCGACUCACUAGUAACGUCAAAUUCUGAUAACGACUUUGUCCUAAGUCUGUUUGGCAAUGGGUUCUCCAUCGUGAAAUCUGCAUAUAAUGCCUUACUCAUUGAUUACAGACUGCUGUGCUGUUUGUUGUUUUUGGAGCAUUCUUUGGAGUUGAUGGAUGUGCGCAUAAACCGACCCAUUGGAGAUAUAUUAUUUAACCCUGAAGCUAGUGAGGCAAUGAUGCAAGAUUCUUUGGCUUCUGCGGUUGUUAAUGUGGAAAUCUCGCAUUCCUCUGGCUAUGGAUAUGUCAUUGGCCUCAUUCUGGUUGCCAUGCAACUGGUAACUGGACUACAGUAUCUUGGAUUUGUGGGAGAGUGGACAAACAUGUUCCCCAUUCUAGCUUGUGGUGUUGUAAUAAUUUUUGGUCUCUUGCUACUCUCUGGAGACACAAGUUUCCCUGAAAACAACAGAGAGAGGAAAUGGCGUGAGACUGAAUCUAAGGCUAUUGAUAUCAUGGUGUGCUUUAUGGGAACCAUUGGCUUUAUCUUCUGGUUCAUGAAAGCUUCCUACUGUGGUCUUUGGGCCUCACAAUACUCAUCAACAACUGACAUUGAGUUUUAUCAGUAUCUCUCUUGGACAACAGUAAAAAACUUUGCUUAUGCAAUUGUAAUCAUCUUUCAGCUUUACUUCUUUGUUAAAAUGGGUCCACAUUUUGGGUGUGACCGUGAGAGCAGUCGUCAGAGGGCAAAACACUUUUACGUCACAACUAUCAUGAUGGCUCUGUUUGCACUCCUCAUAUCACUUGUCAUUGAUGAAUUCAAUGGCCGAGUAGAAAAGCUUCUUGCUGAAGCACACAUCAGCAGCACCAUGUCAAUAUUUUUCCAGGCAGCAGCCCCCAUACAUCUUGGCUUUAGCUUGCACAUGUUUCUGCAUUUCUUCAUUAUGAGCAGAAGAUUGUCCCAGUUUCAGUACAACUGGCAAUACAACCAGGCAGAAGAACAUCAACAUAGUCAACAGUCCUCAUUAGGGAACACUGGUGGUAACAGUGCAUCAUCAAAUGCUGAAACAGGGGAUGAAAGACAGCCACUGAUUUCCCGCCCAACGUGAUCUAUAUCACUAAGACGAUUAACAAAUAUAUUACAUGACUUGCCAUGCUGCGGUUCUGUAAUAGAUAUUAAUGAUGUCAAAUGGGGUAAGAACAAAAAGGUAGGACACAAUGAGCAGUGGAGAGUGUCACUGAUGCUCUUUUUUAUAUUUUUACGUCUUCUGUGAUAUUUUAUUGUACAGACACAGCUAAAUGGAAUCUAUUUGUUUUCUAGCAUAACAAAGCAAAAUGUUAUUAACAGUGAUGUUGUUUAUGCAUCUGUUCUCCAGUAGAUUGUAAGUAAGAACAAAGCAAAAUGCAUCUUUAAUUCAGCUAAUCAUAUAAUUUACAAUAAAAUGCAUACCUUAAGAUUUCAACGUUCUGUUUCACCCAAGUUUUCAAGAACUUGAAGUAAAUUGUUUGUACUGUGACCUGAUUCAUCUUGCAAACAAGAGAAGACCUUGUUGAUACCUCAAAAAGACUUAGUAAAUCAGAUUUUGUUUUUAUUAAAAAUGACAUUAUUUUGCAUGCUUUUAUUUAACCAAGCUGUUGAGUUUUCACUGAAAGUGAACUUAAAAGGUCAAGUGAGUAAUGUAAGAUCACAAAGGUUUGAAAUUAUUACAGUGAUCUUCAAGUAAUACAUUGAUUGGCAUAAUGUAAUGUUCUAUGUACGCCAUUAGGACCUACAUUAUUUAAGCAAGAAAAGGAUUAUGGGACAUGAGAAUGAACUGGCCAUGUUGUUGUUAAAAGUGUGCAUUGAUUAACCCUUUAACUCUCAAGAUCUGAUUGUUAAUUCUCCCCUUUGGCUGCUACCACUUCCUUGUAAAGUAGUUACGAGAAUUUGGUGUUAGAUCAAGAUGAAAACUUCAUGAUAAGUUUGAGUAUUCUCAUUACCUGUUUGCUGGAUAAUGUAUGGAUAUUAAAGGGAGAAGUUGUAAAUUAAUCACUUUUGGGAGUUAAAGGGUUAAGAGACAAUUCUACUGUUGUCAUACGUCAAACAUUCUUUCCUGUGAUCUAUCACUGUACAGACCCACAGCAAUAUGGGAUCUUUUUGUUUUAAAUGAUGAAAAAGCAAAAUGCUGUUAAUGGCGAUAUUAUUUUUGCAUCUGUCCUCCAUUAGUUCAUAAGUAAGAACCAAUCA